AUGAGCCAUCGUUCAAAAGUUUUAGCAAAUAAAUUUCAACGACACGAACACGAGCUACGUAUCAUAACGAAUCCGAUUGCAAACCCUCGCCAAUAUUUGCUCGAACAUGAAGACUAUGAAGCUCCAUUAACAGCAAAUGCACUCGUACCGAAGUCUAAAUGGAUCAUCGUACGAAAUAAUAUACAUAAAAUUCGUAGUUGGGGUACAAUUGAUACAUCUCAUGUCGACGAACGAAUGAGAGAUUGGUAUAUAUUCUUUCAAAUGAGACGUGAACUCAGACGUGCUCAAGCAGAAAUCAAUGAAAUUGAACAUCGACCAGAUUUCAGGGCUGUUCGUUACUUUAAUUUACCAACUGAUUCCACACAUGUUACACGUUUUGAUGUUUCACAUGUGAAAUCAACCGAUAGUGUGUACUAUCCGGGUUUAGGCCAUGAUCCUAUUGUUAUACAAUCAUUACUUUUUUAUUUUUCAAAAGAAUGCGCUGUACCAUAUAGUAGUAUAUUUCGAACAUUUUUAUCCGAUGUUUGUGCGAUUAUAUAUCGAGAUCAACAGCAGCGACAUCGAGCAGCAGUUUUUCGUAAAUUAGUAUUAUCAAUGACUGUAAUUAUUUCUCUUAUUAUUGCGCUUAUGCUCGCCUCAAUGAUAUUCGGCGCAUCAAAAACAGCAUCUAAUUUAGCAGCCAUGUACAAAAAUGAUCCUGACGGAGGAUAUGAAUGGAGACAACCUAAAACAACUUUAGGAACAACUUUAGACUAUUUAUAG